AUCAGUCUCUCAGGUUUGGCUGAAAAACAAAGAGCUCUCUCUCUCUCUCUGAUUUUCCAAUAAUUCAAACAAAUUUCUCAAGGUUUCUGAGAUCACUCUCAUGGAGGAUCGCAAGGAGAAAGUGGCUCCGUGGCUGAGCGUUCCACAGUUUGGGGAUUGGGAGCAGAAGGGAGGGGUUCCAGACUAUUCAGUGGAUUUCUCAAAAAUAAGGGAAAACAGAAAGCAGCACAAGAGGGAUUUGUCGAGGGCAAGCAUUGGGAAUGAAGAGGAGCUGAUCAUGGCUUCAUCAACCACUCCCUCAACAAACAAUACAUCCGAUAAUGCAAACCACCAAUUCUCGCCCCAACCUUCUCCAACGACAAGAAAGAGCAUACUAAGCUACUUCAACUGUUGUGUGAAAGCAUGAAGAUCUCAAACUCAAAUACACCAAUCUUUAAUUAAUGAUGUGAUGUUCUCUCAUAUUUUAAUUUCAUCAUAUUUGGUUUGUAAGUUUACCAUAAGAACAUAAGUAACUUCUUUAGUUGAAUUCAGAUAAAUAAUCUAGUUCUUCUUUAUGUUUU